AUUUCGUUUAUCUAAAAUUGAUUCAGGAAGCUUUGCUAGACUAUCGGUUCACUUAAAAAAAAGGUUCGUGGUGCAAAAAAAAAAGAAAAUGGAUGAAAGGAGAAGAAAUGCCAAGCUGCAAACCGUCACUGCACCAUUACAGGAGGCUGAAUUCUAAAAGCCUGUGAGCUUCCUAUAUCAGUGCACUACCUAGGGGACGACAUAAUGGCUUCUAGGUUUCAUGUAGUGUACUCAUUUAUCCAAGAGGGAGCCGUUUGGGACGCAGCUCUAAGUUGGCUUGCUUGUUGACUGCCACGGAGAGAGAGAAAGAGAAAUAAAGAAAAAGAGAGAAAAGGACGAUUUAUUGAUGGAUACAAAGCGAAAUUUCUGACUGUUGAGAAACACAACCAAUGCGAGGAACUGCUGAGGAUCAGAGCAUCUUCUACAUCAACAUCCUCCUGACUUCCUUUCUCUCGGCCUGUGAGUUUAACAUGAACAACGCUGGAGUGGAGUGACGUGACGUCUGAUCUCGGCACACAAGGCCAGUGAAAAUGAAAGGUUUAAAAGGUUUAGACGGAUCCGUCGUGAUUUAUUUAGUAUGUGUCGUCAGCUUGGGCACUGCAGCGGCCUUGGAGAUUACGCCGGCUGAUAUAAACGGCACACAGACAGCCGGUGAUGUGGAGGAGGUUAAGACGCUGGCGGUGCUCACAACACUGAGUCAGAUCAUCGCCCGCGAGGGGAACUGCAUCCUGAUCGACUGCAACGUCACCGGAGAGCCUUUCCCCAAGGUGCAGUGGUUCAACUCCCACGGACACCUUUUGGACACGGAGGCAAGCGAGGGAAAAUGGUGGGUUCUGGAGAACGGCGUCCUCAACAUCACCAGCAUCACCUUCGCAGACCGCGGCAAGUACACUUGCAUGGCUUCUAACGUUCACGGCGUGGCCAACUGUACGGUCACCGUGCGCGUGGUCUUCACCAAUGGAGACAUGGGCGUGUACUUCGUGGUCGUGUGUCUGGUGACUUUCACCAUCAUCAUGGGGUUGAACGUGACUCGGCUCUGCAUGAUGAGCAGCCACCUGAAGAAGACCGAGAAGGCCAUCAACGAGUUUUUCCGCACCGAGGGGGCGGAAAAGCUCCAGAAGGCGUUUGAGAUCGCGAAGCGCAUCCCGAUCAUCACGUCGGCUAAAACGCUGGAGCUCGCCAAAGUCACGCAGUUUAAGACCAUGGAGUUCGCGCGCUACAUCGAGGAGCUGGCACGCAGCAUCCCUCUCCCGCCGCUGAUUAUGAACUGCCGUACUUUCAUGGAGGAGAUCCUGGAGGUGGUGGGGGUCGAGGAAAUGAGGCACACCUUCGUUCGGCAGGCGCCCGAAGGUCAGGAAAGCACUUCUCGUGCCGCUGGUUGGGCUGCCAGUAACGUUUUCACCAUUCUGCAGAUCCGAGACCGACCGAGAGACCGAGAGAGAAGCGGAUCUCCUACAGCAGACUCCGAUGACGCGUCACUGCACGAACAGCCUCAACACAUGGCCAUUCAGGUCUCCGUUCACCCACCACUCGAUGAAGCAAGCUGCAACGUCGAGGCUCCUCCUCUCACAGAUAUGGAUGCCUGUCCCACUCCUUCAGCUGAGGAAAGUGUGGAGACCGAGCCUGAAGAACCGGAGAUAACGGUGGAGGUGGAGCCAGAGAGAGAAGAAGUGACGCCUCCGACAAGCCAAGUCAUCUACGAAAGCCAUGUGUAAUAUCCUAGAAACAGGAUGAUUCUCUUGCUAUGCAUUUCACUAGUUUAAAAAAAUAAUAAUAAUAAAACAUCAACGUGGCGUUCUGACACGUUGGUGUUUCGUCCCAAUCUGAAUGAAACGCUCAAACCGUUACGGGUUCACUAUCGAUCAUCCUGAGAGAACACUGAGACUUUUAAAGUUUUUUUGUUGUCCCAUGACAAUUCAUGUUGAAUCUAUCGGGUGUCCUAAAAAUCUCCAUACAUGGGGGACUACAGGAUGUUUCCCAGCACCACGUGAGUUGUGCCUUCGUCAGUGGAUGUUCCUGGACGUCCACUUCUCAGUCUGUCUGUAACUCUUCCAGUCUUUUUGAAUUUGUUAAUAAGUUUAGCAACAGCGGUGUGUGUGUGUGUGUGUGUGUGCGUGCGUGCGUGUGUGCGCGUGCAUGCGUGUGACAUGCUCGCCGUGUUUCCUGUUAAAGUCCCAACCCUGCGACAGCUUCCUGAUCCAGCCAUGGGAAUGAUUUCAGUACGUUCUUCUUUUGACAAAGUCUACCUGAAAAUAAAUAAAUAAAUAAAUAAGAAUAUCUAAGUGUGAAAAAUUCUGGAAGAUGUUUUGUUAAAAAGUGUUAAUUACCCUGUGUAUGGAGGCGUUUGGACACCCUGUAUUUUGUGAGAAUGAAUCACCACAAUCAAGUCCUGGGUUUUAUAUUUAUUACUUUACUAGGAACUAGGGCUAAUCCUGGACGUAGUCAGCUCGAUCUGUAAGAGCUCGUGGAUAUACAUGUAGAUUGAGCAUUGCAUAAUCUGCUGAUUGAUGACGACGACGACGAUGUAAUUAAUCAUUUUAGGUGUGGAGUGUUCUUCGUCACUGAAACUGUAAUGAACGACUCAAUAAGACUCGGUUUAUGUUUAAUGCAUGAGAAAUACAUGUCGAGUUCUGAGUUUGUUUCUCUAAAUGUUCUCCACUAGGCAGGACUAGGGGAAUAAUUAAUCUUUAUGUUGAACCACCACUGUAGACCUUAUAUUAUUAUAAUUAAUAUAACGAUAAUUAUUAGUGGUUUUACUGUAUUAAAUAGUAUAAAGGUGUGUGUGUGUGUGUGUGUUUUUUUUUCCCCCCCAAAUGCUUUUUGGUUUUCAUUUUCAUUACACUAGUCACUAUAUUCACUUUUCAGACGUUUAUCCAUUAUUUUCUGUAAAUCAAUAGAAACAUCAGCACGUGUUUUGGAACUGCACCUACAUUCUGCAGCCUUAAAUCCCUAAAUUAGUUUCUCUUUCAAUGUGGCCUGGAGCAUUUCAAUCCUCACGGCUUGUACAAGAAAUACUGGGCUGUGAAGAAAACUGGGAGCGGGACCAGAGGGCAUUAUUGGAUUUCUCCCUUGAUUACGUUUCUUUCUGAGGAAAUAAAAAGCUCCUGUUGUGUAACCA